AUCCUGUCACGGAAAGGGCUAAGGACAAAACAAAGGGUCUGGUAUAAAUAAAGCUAAAGCAGCAAUUAGACCCAACAUAACAGGGGAAAGGGAGGCCUAACAAAAGAAUCACAACAAAACAGAAUCGAAAUAAAUUCUCUUUAGAGAAUCCAAACCAAGACUGAUUCAAUUAGACUGAGAAUUGACAAGGGAAAGUUUUAUACUAGGUACACGGGAAAUAAUUUCCAACCAACAAAGAGGGAAUAAGAUAAAAGAACAGUAGAAUAUCCUUAGCUAGUUCAUCUUUCCUUAUAUUCUUUUUUUCUUUCUUUUGGGUUGGCUGAUGCUUCCACAACCAUCCAUUUUCCACAUUUUUGGAUGGUUCCCCACAAGCACCCAUGUAGGUAGGUUUGAUACCAGAUUCCAAAAUUUGUUCACAUCAUCAAAACAGCAGAGAUUCUUUAGCAAGUUGGUACCUGUAAACCGUAUGUAUUUCCCUUCACUUUAAUGGAGCAAUGACGAUGGCAUGUUCCCCCACCUGGAAAUUUCACAUCAAGAGACACUUUUAUAAAGAAACAACUUUUGACUACCUGCCCAAAGAACAUGACACAUAACAGGCAGAGAAUCAAUUCCCUUUACCGUCAUGUAAUAAAACUAAAAAAGGGGAAAGGAAAAGGGAAACUGCUAACACCAUCUUUUCCCAUUUCCCUGGAGGUUAAAAUAGUGAAUCUUCUACCAUCAUGGAAACUUUAGCAGAAUUGAGAUUUGUGACCAUGAGCCUCUUACAGAAUCCCAUGCCACAGGAAUUUAAACCAAUGGUGGGAAUUCUUAAUGAACUUUCAGCAUUGUCCCCAUCAAUUUGCAUUAACCAUUUCCUAUCUGAUUUUUAAAAGUGCAAAUACCAAAGAAAACCCAAUUUUUAGUCGUCUACAAGUCAUCUUCAAGACAGUGUUAGCCAAGCUCUGGUCCUAAGGAGUAAAGAGAGAAAAGAAGGACAGAUGAAACAGUAGUUAUAAAGAAAUGCUACAUUGAUCACUACUAUUUUAAAACAAAAAGAUACUUGAAGGAGCAAGAUGAAACGUAAAAACAGUGAGACAUGAAUUCUUAGAAUAGUAAUCAUACUUCUACUUCGUCAAAGCUAUUGCAGUGACAAAGUACAAGAAUUUCACGGGUUUCCAAGGUUAACGUCUCACAAG